CGCAACAGACCAUUUAGCGAUUUUUGAGUAGCAGCGAAAAGGUUUCAUACAAAUUUUUCCAAAUCACACCCAAAGAAAACUUCAAGUUUAAUUUUAUUUUUAACUCACCAGUUCCCACCACCACUUUGAUUAAGUAAAAUAAUAAUACAUUGUAUUAUUCAUCAUCACACAAUAUAUAUUAAAGAAAAAUGUCAGAGACUAAAGAUCCCAUACCAUCAACAACAGAGAGUGUUAAUGGUGCCACUACUACUACAAAAGCUUCUUCUUCUUCUGGUACAGAACAUAAACAAGUUAUCAAUUUAGAGCAAGAUAAGGAAUUAAUUGAAGAAAAAUCACUUUUGGCAUCUAAUGAAAUAUUAUCCAAGGAAAGUGAUGAUGGAAAUGUAGAAUACAAAUGGAAGUUAGUAGGAUUGUCAGAAGAUAGAUUUAAACAUCUUGUUACCCAAAUGUCCUAUCGUUUAUCUGAAGGACAAGGUGAAGCCAUCUAUGAAAUAGGAAUCAACGAUGAUGGCUAUCCAUUGGGAUUAGUUGAGGAAGAAUACAGAGAAACACUAGGAAAUAUUGAAAAGAUGGCCAUCGAGUUACAAGCCACUGUUUCAGUUAUUUGUGAAAAGCAAGUAUCCUCCGAAGGUAAAAAGAAUAAGAAGCAAGCUGCUACUAUAACCAAUCCAGAAGAAAAGAGAUGGGUUGCUGAAGUGCUUGUAAGAAGAUUCGGAGAAGAAGAAUAUUUGAAUGUAAAUAUUGCAGUUUGUGGUAAUGUUGACUCUGGAAAAUCAACACUUAUUGGUGUGCUGACACAUGGACAACUUGACAAUGGUAGAGGAUUAGCUCGUUCUAAUGUUUUUGUCCACAAGCACGAAUUGACAACAGGAAGAACUUCUAGUAUCAGUCAUCAAAUUAUGGGAUUUGAUUCUAAAGGUGACACUGUAAAUUACUCAAACUUACAGUCUCCUUCAUGGAAAGAUAUUAUUGAUAAGUCAUCAAAAGUUUGUACAUUUAUUGACCUUGCUGGACACGAAAAGUACUUGAAAACAACCGUUUUUGGUAUGACAACAGGACCAGAUUAUGCUCUCCUAUGUGUUGGUAGUAACAUGGGUGUCACAAAGAUGACCAAGGAACAUAUCGGAUUGUGUCUGGCUCUCAAGAUUCCAAUGUUUUUCUGCAUUACUAAGGUUGACAUUUGUCCAGAAAAUAUUCUCAAACAAACUAUUGAAACCAUUCACAAAAUUCUUAAACUUCCUGGAGUUAGAAAGUUACCAUAUCAUGUCAAGAAUGAUGACGAUGUUCUGACUUGUGCCAAAAAUUUAGCAAGUGACAGAAUUUGUCCAAUGUUCUUGAUGAGUUCAGUAACUGGUGAAAAUCUGCAACUCUUGCAUAAGUUCCUCAAUCUGUUACCAAUUAGAAAAGAUUGGGAAUCAUUAAUUGACAAACCAGCACAAUAUGUCAUUGAUCAAACCUUCUUUGUCAGUGGUGUUGGUACAGUUGUUUCUGGUAUUGUACAAAGUGGAAGUAUUUCUGUAAAUGACAAACUAAUGCUAGGACCAGAUAGCAACGGACAUUUCAGAAGUGUCGUAAUUAAGAGUAUUCAUUGUAAGAGAGUCAACGUGAAAAGAGUUCAUGCUGGUCAACAAGCAAGUUUUGCAUUGAAAAAAGAAAGACGUUCCGGAAUUAGAAAGGGAAUGGUUAUUGUAGACGAAGAAGAACCAAAAGCUGUUUGGGAAUUUGAAGCUGAUAUUCUCGUAUUGUAUCAUAGUACCACUAUUAAGGAAAAUUAUCAACCAGUUAUACAUUGUAAUUGUAUUAGACAAUCUGCUAAACUUGUAAAGAUUAACGAUAAUGAAUCUCUAAGAACAGGUGAAAAGGCUAAAGUCAAAUUUAGAUUCCUGUUCAGACCUGAAUAUCUCAGAGUUGGUGAACGAUUAAUCUUCCGUGAAGGAACAACAAAGGGACUUGGUGUGAUAUCACAAGUUUUCAAAUAAAUUAUUAUCUUUCAAAGUAAGUUGAACAAUU